CUCUCUGUCUCUGUUUCUCUCUGUCUCUGUGUGUGUUUCUCUCUGUCCUUUAUACGUUCACUUAUCUUUUGUUCCCCCUCUCUUCCUGCUUAGCUAUCAUUCUCUCUGACCCCUUCUCUCUUGCUCUCUUUCUCCCUUGCUCUCUCUCUUUUUUCCCCCCUCUGGACCGACAUUCCUGAAUUACAGCGGGGCUGUUUUGUCCCUCCACCACCUCUCUCUGCGUUGAAGAGCAGCAACCCGCCUCUCCAUUUGCCUCUUUCUUGUCUCCUGGGCUGCGCUCCCUCCAUGCUGGACUUCAGAUAACCGCUCCACUGUUCCGGGACCUGCUGGGCUAUGUCCUGAUCUGUAUGCAGACCUUGUGGGCCUGAAGACUCCAGUGUUUUGUGUGUGUGUGUGUGUGUGUGUGUGUACAUGCAUGUGCGGGUUGAAAUGUGGGUCGGCGCAGUGGCGGUGCAGCUCUGUGUUCUGGACAGUUUGGUUUCCACAGUGAGGGCAGGAUGAAGCGCGGGGCCAGGGCUCCCCAUGUCACGCGCCGUUAGGCCGCAGCAGCCCGUCUAUUCGUGGAAGGGGGUGCUCAAGCUGUUCACGUGCAUCGCCUCCCGCACCGCCAGCAGCAAGCCCAAAGAGGUCGACCCAUUUCAGGAGAAGACGCGAGCCUUACUUGGGAAUCAUAUGGACGACGAAAUGAGUCGCCAGCCUGCCCCAGCGCUGCCCACAGGAACCUCCAAGAGCACCCCCUCCCAACGCGUCCCCACCCUGUCGGGCACCACCGCCUCGAACAGCGACCUGGCCAGCCUGUUCGAGUGCCCCGUGUGCUUCGACUAUGUGCUGCCGCCCAUCCUGCAGUGCCAGAGCGGCCACCUGGUGUGCAGCAACUGCCGGCCCAAGCUGACGUGCUGCCCGACGUGCCGCGGCCCGCUGGGCUCCAUCCGCAACCUGGCCAUGGAGAAGGUGGCCAACUCGGUGCUGUUCCCGUGCAAGUACGCCUCGUCGGGCUGCGAGGUGACGCUGCCGCACACAGACAAGGCCGAAAGCCGCUGUCGAAGUUUCGCGCAUUACUGCGGUCCGCGGUGUUCGUGCAAGUGGCAGGGCUCGCUGGACGCCGUCAUGCCGCACCUGCUGCACCAGCACAAGUCCAUCACCACGUUGCAGGGCGAGGACAUCGUCUUCCUGGCCACAGACAUCAACCUGCCGGGCGCCGUGGACUGGGUCAUGAUGCAGUCGUGCUUCGGCUUCCACUUCAUGCUGGUGCUGGAGAAGCAGGAGAAGUACGACGGGCACCAGCAGUUCUUCGCCAUCGUGCAGCUCAUCGGCACGCGCAAGCAGGCGGAGAACUUCGCCUACCGGCUGGAGCUCAACGGCCACCGGCGCCGGCUCACCUGGGAGGCCACACCGCGCUCCAUCCACGAGGGCAUCGCCACCGCCAUCAUGAACAGCGACUGCCUGGUGUUCGACACCUCCAUCGCACAGCUAUUUGCCGAGAACGGUAACCUGGGCAUCAACGUCACCAUAUCCAUGUGCUGAGGACACCUUGUUUUUUUUUCGUAGAUGCACACUAACAGACAGAUGCACACAUACAAAACAGACAAAAAAAGGACACACAAACAAAAACACACACACACACACACACGCACACAGGCAAAUGCACUUGACAGAACACACAGACCCACACACGGACACAUUUCAAACUAGGACCGCUUGGGGGUUUUGCUGACGACUUGAGGGGGGGAAUGUGGGGGGAUUGGGAGGGUUUGUUUGGCCAGCUUGGAGCUAUUCUUUUUUUUUUUUUUUUUUUCCUCUCGUCCUCCUCCUCCUCUUCCCUCGCUGUUGUGCAAGUAGUCGUUGGGGCAGCGCGAGGUGUCGCUGCUUUGCCAGGCUGUGCCGAGUCAGACCGAGUCUGCUCCGGUCAGGACGGGACGGGUCAGGCUGGACUGGGCCAGGUAGGAGCUUGAAGCAAGCGGAAACCUGCGGACCGCUCCAGGGGGGAGCUGAAUUAACUCGCAGCCAGCGCCCUCCACCCCAUCCGGCGAAUCCAUCCCAUCCGGCCGGCCCACAGGCCUGCUGCAUGGGAGGCUGGGGUGGACCGUGGGGGACGCUCUCACUGGGGACAGCUCAGAGCGGGUCUCCACACCGUUUUACUUUUGUGUUAUUAUUUUUUAUUUUUUUUUAUUUUUUUGUUUGUUUAUUUCGUUCCCUCCCCACCCAAAAAAUGUUCUGAAAUAUGUAAAUACCUAAAAUAUAAAACAUUUCAGUUUAAAAAUUUACGUUCAAAAGUACCAUUUUUGUUUUUAUUAUCAACAAUUUGUUUUUCUUUGAUAAGGUCCUCUGCAGUACUCAUAUUAACUGUAUUAAUUAUGCGAUUGUAAUAAUUAUUAUUGUAAUUAUUUUUUGUUAUGAUGUUCAAGAGAAGAAUGAAAAGGGUUCUUUUAUUUUUUUUUUUAUGUUAUGUUGUCUUUCUGUGUGUGAUGGGUGGGUAAGACAGAACUGAUAGCUCUGUGGAUUAAUUGUGCUGUUGCUGGUCCUUAUCUUCGUUUAUUGUUUUUGUUUUGGCCAUUAAAUAAAUCUAUCUUUUUCAUA